GCAGUUGGCAGAGUCGCGCAUAUGACGUGGUCGUGCUUUUGGGCACCGCUGGUUCCCCGUAGAACAGCACCACACUCCACUACACCAACAUCACAACCGUACGCCGUAGUUUGAUAGCUGAUAACGUUAGCCGCUGAAUAGAAGAGCCAUGUCUGUGGUUUUUGUGCCGAAGAGACUACGAGGAACGGCUACAAUCAACCAAGAAACCAUACAGAGAUUGCUGGAGGAGAACGACCAGCUGAUCCGCUGCAUCGCAGAGUACCAGCAGAAGGGGAGAGCGGUGGAGUGUGUUCAAUACCAACAGAUUCUGCAUCGCAACAUCGUCUAUCUGGCCACUAUCGCAGACGCUAGUCCCGACAUCCCGAUGGAAGCUGUGAAUCCUAACGGUGGAGCGGCUCCGUCGGCGACCCCCGCCAACAAAGUGAUGGAAAGCUGAUGGACUUCUGACACACUGGCGUGUUGAUUUGAAGACGGACAAUUUUUCUAGGAUUGUUUUGUACAUUUGUGGACAAAGCCAAGUUUUGUUCUGAAUCGGAUGGUACUUGUGAAAAAUGACCAUUAAAUGGUUGGUAUAAUGGAAAACCAUUUGCUCUGAAUUCCUCAGUACGAAUCACCGGCUGUGAAAGUGCUAAUGUAAAUACUUUUUUUAGUUUUAACAUUAAAAUGUUAUUUGAAAUUA